UUUGAUCGAGAAAUCAACAACGACCAGCCGGCUGCUAGUAAACUCUCUUUGUUUCCGAGGGUUUUUAUACGAGAAGCGAUGUCGGCGCGCAGCGAGGGGAGCGACACGCGAGGCCGCCGGAGUGACCAGGUUCGUCAUGUCAUCAUUCUCCGGUGUAUCUAUCGUCGAUGGCUACGACAGGUGCUACUGCAAGACAUCGGCCGUCGAAGCCGGCACGGACAGCGGCUACCAUCUCCUUAUGGUAAAUGGCUACUCGCGUACCAAAAAAGAGAAGCCCACCGGCAUGAGCAUCACCAGCUCUCGUGUUUUUGUGGUAGGAGGACAUGCUUGGUUACUAGAGUACUACCCUAAUGGCAAGAACCCGAACUGCGCCGACUUCAUCUCUCUCUGUGUCCAAGGUGAUGGCAAAGUGAAUGCUAGGAUCAGCUUUUCUCUCGUUGACCAGGUUGAGAAGCAGAUGCCAAUGUACAUUCGUGCAACUAAUAGAGCUUGCAGGUUCGUCGACAGUCAUGGUAAUGUUCUCUGGGGCAUCAAUAAGUUUCUCAAAAGAGAUGCCCUUGAGCGAUCGGCGAAUCUGAAAGGUGAUUCUUUCACCAUCCGGUGUGACAUAAUGGUUUGCAAGGAUCCUAGUACCGAGGAUCCCGGUGGCCAUGACACCAAGGUGCUCCUGUCUGACAUGGACCGGCAUUUUAACAUUCUCCUUCAGACCAAGGUGGGUGCUGAUGUGACAUUCGAGGUUAGUGGCGAGACAUUCAGUGCACAUCGUUGUGUGCUUGCAGCCCGGUCCAAAGUCUUCAUGACACAACUCUUUGGCCCCAUGAAGGAGGGCACUACUACGUCUGGCGUCAUACAUAUCAAAGAUAUGGGAGCAAACGUGUUCAGGGCGUUGCUUAGAUUCAUCUACACAGACUCAUGCCCUGAAAUAGAGAAGGACUUCACGGAGGAGGCGGAAGAAAUGUCUCAAGUACUAGAAGAAGGACAAGAAGAUGAAACAAUAGAGGAUGAGAUGUGGCUGCAAUGGCUUCAAGACUUGUUUGUGGCGGCGGACAGGUACGAUCUCCAACGACUCAAGUGCAUAUGUGAAAUGCAAUUGUCUGAUAACAUAGGUGUGAGGUCGGUGAUGUCCACUCUUGCUCUAGCCGAGCAACACGACUGCCAGGGAUUGAAGGAGGCAUGUUUAAAGUUUAUCCAAGUCCAGUCUUCCUCGUGCUUGCAAACAGUAACGGCCACUGAUGGUUGGGAUCAUGUAGUUUCGACCUAUCCCUCAGUUUUGAAGGAGCUCGUCGUCAAGCUUGGUUCAAACCAACAAAAGUAACACUCUGAUCCCCUUAUGCAGAUACGGGACACACUAGAGAGGUCGUAGUCAAUGUGUCUCGCUUUUGAUUUGCUCGUCAUGUAUAUAGUUCGCCUAUUUGUUGAAUCGGAGAAAUCAAACGUGCAUGGAUAUGGUCAAGCGUCAAAAUGAUAUGCAUUGCAGCAACGUGCAAGUUUCACACCUAGGCUUUUUAUCCUCGUAUAUAUUUCUCUGUGCAUUGUCUCGUAUAUUGUUGCUCUGUGCCUGCCGUGUUAUGUAACCUUUUUCUAGUGGCUACCAAUUAGGAAGCACGAAUGAAUGCUGAUGUUUUUGGGAAGGCGUCUUAUGAGAAUACUCAUUCAGCGAAAAUCUAAAAAAUUCCGGUGUUCGCCUUCGGAUCGACGAGGAA